UAUACCUAUGUAGCUACGAACACCGAAAUAGACAAGGUCGAUUAAUCGUUGCUCAAAUCAAUAUUUAAACAAGUGUUUUCUGAAAUAUUAUGCCUUUCUCGAUGUUCCACUUACGUGUUCAUUCUUUUUCGAAGUUCUUAGCAAACUAGGUGUACGCUAGUAUUCCUUCCUGUAGAAAUGGAUUACAAAGUUAAACUUUUUGCUGUAAUUUUUGUCAGUUUUUGCAGCGUAGUCGAAAAUGCAUCGAUUUUGGCUUUAUUUCCUUCGCUGUCUUUCGCGGACCACUCGGUGUUCAGAGGUUACAUUUCGCUCCUGGCUCAGAGAGGACAUAAUAUCGUGUUGAUGACGCCGUACCCUGGACAAUUUGGGCUGCCAGAAGUUGAAAGAAUCGUGGAAUUGAACGUGGGAGAGGAGUCUGCACCUUACUGGGAGGAGUAUAAGAAACUAAUCACUGAUAAAGACGACUACUACCCUCAUAUGAAGGCUAUGAACGAGCUAAACGUGAAACUCGUCGUGGCACAGUUGAAAUCGAAAGCCAUGACGGCGCUGCUUGCAAACCCACACGUUAAAUUCGACUUGGUUGUAACCGAUGCCGAGAAUCCCAUACUCUACGCAUUAGCAGACAAAUAUAAGGCACCGCAUAUAGCGAUCACGACUGGCAGUGGCUCUAUCAAUCAGUUCGAAUCCAAGGGAGUCCCAGUGGAUCCUACUUUGUAUCCAGAUGUUAACAGUAUUUACCACAGGAACAUUAGUCAGUGGCAAAAGCUCGUUGAGUUAAACCGUCAUGUGCAAACGAGAAACGAGUAUUAUAACAACUACCUUCCGCUCUGCGAAAUAGCCGCUAAGAAGCUAUUUGCGGUCAAAUCUGAUCUGCUUACACUGGAAAAGAAUAUAGAUAUGCUGUUUGUGGCGAACAACCCACUGCUGAUUGGCAGAAGACCCAGCAGCCCUGCCGUAGCAUAUGUUGAUCGGUUGCAUGUGAAACCAGGCUUCCAAUUGCCAGAGGAUUUAAAACAACUUCUAGAUACGAAUACCAAAGGCGUAAUAUACUUCAGCAUGGGCGCUAUCCAGGAACCGGAACAUCUCUCUGUGAAGAUUUUGCAGACCCUAGCUGAUGCUUUCAAAGAACUACCUCAUUUGGUACUAUGGAAGAUUGCUAACUCAACUAUGAUUAAAACAUCUGAAAACGUUGUAACAAGUGCCUGGUUUCCGCAACAGGAAAUUUUGGCACAUCCAAAUGUCAAGCUAUUCAUAACACACGGUGGAGCUAGAUCGCUAGAGGAAACAGUAUUUUACGAAACUCCUAUUGUCGGUCUACCAAUAAUAAAAUCUAGAAAGGUGUUCAUCGAAGAAGUUAUUAAGCAUGGUGCAGGAGAAAUAUUAGAUUUGUACUACCUAGAGAAGGAAAAAACAAAAGAAGUUUUAACUGCUGUUGUCAAAAAUGAGGACUACAAGAAGGCGUUAAUAAAGCUGAAGAAUCAAAUCUUUGAUCCUGUGAUAUCAGGCCCGGAGCAUGCUAUUCUGUGGACGGAGUAUGUUUUACGUAACGGAGGAGCGCGCAUUCUGCAAUCACCAACCGCUGACUAUUCGAUUCUUCGUUAUUUAUCCGCGGAUGUUCUUUUUGUAAUAUCUGUGUCUAUCAUUUUCUCCUUAUUGUUAACUUACUUUUUGUUGCGAUACAUUAUUCGACGCAUUCGCCUUCGGAUACUUAGCAAAUAUGAUCCUUCCGGAAAAUUCAAGGCACUUUAAUACGUUUUCUGUUCAUGAAACAAUUUUAAAGCCAAAACUACUUACCUACAAGUGCAAGUAAUAUUUUUCUGAAAGAUACAUGAAAGUCUUAUUUGUGUGAA